AUGGCGCUGUCGCAAGGUAUCUACCGGUUACUGCCGUGGACAUCUAGCUUAGGGGGAAAUAAAGUCGUGGCAGAGAUGCUGGUAACGCCGCCUCACCGCAAGUCGCCUGUCUUAGAGUCUCCUUCCCUACAGAUGCUCAAACGCAAACGGGACGACGAUCACGAAAUAAUCGCUGUGCUGGACGAGCACCCGCCAACAAAGUGCCGCCUCGAGAAUAUGAACCAAGCCUCUACGAUGGACGUCGACGAGAGCAACAUGAACUGGACUCCCUCGCAGGAAGGUGGCAACGAGACUUUGAAACCGACAUCUGCAGCUCCAGACCAGGCACUGUCAAGUAUGGCACCUUCCGUUCGUUAUGGUAUCGAUGGAGGACAGGAAUCUUCGCAAAGUGACAACCGCCCACCCAAGCCGAAGAUGGAAAUCAGUGCUUUACGGCAAUCGUUGGAUGCACAACUUAGCCUCGAGGUACUGUUGAAACAUAAUGAACUCCGUCUUAUUGAUCAGGAGAUUGCAAAAUGUCAGGUCGCUUUAGAACAGUUACGACGAUGUGCCGAAAUACCAUAUCCUGCUUCAGUUUCGUACGGAAUAUCACAAUCAGUAAGCAGCGGCGACGGUUAUGCUGUCCCAUUUUCGGGAAGUGGUCCAUCCCCUACAUCACCAUCACCCUGGGGUGUGGUUGACGGACCUUACUCUCGACACUACGCCAAGUGGUUGCUGCCUGAUCAGCGGUUCGACGGUGGCGAACUUCCAAACGCUCCUUUACCAAGUUACGGAUAUAUGGAUACAAGAUCGACAAGAGGAAAUGUGACUGAAACUGGUCAGCUUGCGGGCAAAUCUCGGUCUCAGCGGGGAAGUGUGAACACAAGGCUGCAAGCUCUGCCUAGUGGAUAUCCGCCACCCAAGGACAAGGCUGGGCCCAUGAUCAUCAAACGCAAGAGUGACAAUCAGCUAGUCAAACUUGUGUGCAUUGACUGUCGAAGAUUUGACUUUUCCAGCACUCAAGGGUUUAUCAACCAUUGUCGAAUUGCUCACAGCCGUACCUUUGCUAGCCACGAAGCGGCAGCCGAAGCAUGCGGAGAAACAGUCGAUGUCGACGAGGCUGGGGCUGUGGUGGGUGGUCCUGUAGAACCAUCCAACACCACUACUCCUGGUUACGUUCACCCUCUCAUCCGAACUGCGUCUUCUAUCGAUAGAACAUCCAAACAUGGCCCUCCUACAUCCUCACAAUUCGAAAAUUCUCCAACAACUAGUAAAAAGGCUAGUCCCAAACCAAGGAGUUUAACCUUAAAGAAAUCUACUGUGACCGGCCCUGUCACUCCAAAUUCCUCGUUCAUUGCAUCAGCUGACACCCCCCAUCUAUCUUCCCUUCUAGCCGAUCUUGGCUCGGGUUUGAACCUGGGUGAGAUUGUGGGCGACGCUAAGGUCAAGGUUGAUAUGAGCGCGUAUUCGUCAGAAGAAGAGUCCGAUGACGAGGCCGACCAGGCUACUGCUAUAGACGAAGAUCGACCGAAAGUUAUUCAUGGUGGAAGGCUGCCUGCUCGAACGACCAUGCCUCAGGCCGCCUCUCAACGGCCGACGAGCAGCAAGGGUCACGAGAUAUCUCGCACUUCGAGCAAGUCCCGUGGUCUCAAUGUUACCACACCUACCAGGAUAGCCUCAUAUGUAUCUCCGUACCCACCUGCUUCCUCCCCAGUUGUUCUGCAGCUGGAUGGGGCACAUAGUAUGGAUGGGGUGGACAUGACCGAGAACCUGAGCCCUCAUACAGUCGAAUCAAACCAGGCACCUAGCUUAGUUAGCGACGACGAUGACGAGUUCGAAGCCGCUUCGGACUCUGAAAGCCUCAGUCCGAGUUCGUCUGAAAUUGGUCAUGGUGAAGAACCAGAUGAUAUUGAGGUGGAAGACGAUGAAGGGACCGCAACGCCUACAACCACAGACACGAAAGCGGACCAUGUAGUGACCAGCCUGAAAAGGGGUCAAGGCAAAAAGGGCGACGGAGUACUUCCACCUGCAAUCGUCUCGCUGAAUUCCGGUAAAGAGCGUCGCCGGGUUGGUCAGACUCCACCCGCAAACCCCAAGAAA